AUAUUUUCUUUGAGUUGGGGGACGGUAUUGAAUAAAUAAAUGGUUUUAGGGGGCAAAACUACGAAUAACCAAAUUAAGAGGGGUAAAAUGUGAAAGUAUCAAAACUCUAAACCCACACAAAACACCACCACCUCAUGGUUCAAUAGACUCGUAGCUCUCUCUCUCUCUCUCACACACACACACGCAUUUUCUCUCUCAAAUCGUACUAAACUACUAAUCGGCAAUUGCUGAUCUCCGAAGCUGCAAAUUUGCAUUUGAUGAUCGAUGAAGCAUUUCGAUUCCCCCAUGAUUGAUCGGAUGAUUGUCGCUCCGCUAAAUUGAAUCGAAUUCGGCGAAUGUCAAACCCUAAUAUAACCCUCUCGAUUGCUUCAGGGCAGAACAUAACGGAUCCUCCCGUGCGGACCAAAAUCGUGAGAAUUUCUGAAUGGUACAGCUCUCAAAGCGAGGGAUGCAACAGUUUCUGGCGCGAGGCGGCCCUUGUUGUACCCUCGGUUUUGUUGGUGUUGUACUUAGGGUUCCAGGCAAGGCGUAAUGUAAAGAAGCUGCGCCACCGGAAGUCUUACGUCAUGAUUGCGUACUACGCGCUGUUAUGGUUGUCAGCUCUUCUUAAUUUGGCGUGGGCUCUUCUUCAGGGAUGGGAAUGCGUUCCUGAGAAGGCGACUGCUUGGAACCUUUUGUCGUUGCUCACAGAAUGUGGAAUGCUAUCUCUAGAAAUUAGCAUAGUGGCAUUCCUGCUUCAGGAGAACUAUGCUAAUGGAUUGGAAGCGCUAGCACACACUUUCCUAGUUUCAGGUUCCUUUGUUGCCGUCGAUGUGCUUAUCCAGGCUAUCUUCAUAUUUGGAUUUGGGGUGCCCCUAUUCACUAACGCUGAUACAGCACAUUGGGGAAAGUGGACUUUACUGUUUGUUCAUACUUUGGUCCUGACUGCAGUCUACUGCUACAUACUAUUUGUUCACUACUCAAAGUGGAGGGAUAAGUUGCCACCUAGGCCAUCAUUCUACAACUAUGUAGUCACCUUGUUUGCACUAAAUGUUUUGGGGUUGAUUGCUAGUGGACUGUCUGGUAUUGGUUUUGGCGUUGGAUUUUGGUUGUACAAUCUUCUAAUCAUCUGUCGUCACUCCCUUUAUCUUCCUUUCCUUUAUGCAACUUUCCUGGCUGACUUUUUCCAGGAGGAAGACUGGCUCUUGGACAACGCUUAUUACUCAGAGAUGAAAGAUGCUGGUUUUUUCGAUACUGAGUGGGAUUAGCAGAUGUAUAUCGUGGAUGCAGACGUCAAGGCUACAUUAGGCUUGUAAAUAAUAUCCAGUUAAAACUGCAUCUUUUUGAUGCAGUUUUGAUGCAAACUAUUGAGGCUGCAGUAGAAUUGUAAAUGACUGUAAAAGACUACACGAAUUGGGAUGAUUCUGAGUUAGCAACGGGUAUGUUCAGUUAUGCUAUCAAAUUCAAAUGAUAGGAAUAGAAUGCUUGAAAAUUUGGUGUAAAA